GGACGCAGAGCAGGAAGUUGGUGGUGGGUCAAAGUAUAUGGACGACACACCAGGUGUGCCAGAGAGAGAGAGAUGACGAUCCGUUGAUGAGCGAGCAGUUUCCACUCGAGGCAAUUCGACAGUUGAAGAAGAAAGAAUAUGCAAGGAAUGGUAAUGUCAGCGAGAAGGCUGCUGAGGUCAACCAUGCAGGGGAACAGAGGGCGAAGAGGAAAAAGAGUGCAGGUGAGAACGUGUCAAAGGGGAAAGGGAGGAAAGAGAAAGGAAACGUUGAUGGAGGGACUGCAAGGCGUUGGAAGUUCAGGCCAGGGACAAUUGCACUUCGAGAUAUUCGCAAAAUGCAGAAGUCAACUGAAAGACUGAUUCCUUUUGCUCCAUUCACACGGUUCGUCAGGGAAAUACUGGAAGAUGACAAAUGGAGGACAGGAUGGGGAGAAGAAACUAGUCAUCUGCCAGGGCCAACAAGAAUGUCACUUCUUGCUCUCAAGGCGUUGCAAGAGGAAGCCGAGGCCUACGUCGUGCACGUGUUGAAUAUGACAAACCAGGUUGCUAUCCAUUCGAAGAGAGUGACUAUCAUGAAGAGGGAUAUGCAGCUGGUGAUUGAAUUGAAGAAGGGGACAUGUGACUACGACACAGGCAAGAUCCCGCGUCAGAGAGAAAAGAAGGAUGAUCCAGUGCAGCAGAAAACAGAGGAGUUGCCUGUCAUUGUUGCUGAUGGAAUUGAGUACUUCCUUCUGGAUCAAAUUAUGGAUUUGACCAGGAGAAGUGAAUGCGAUAGAAAUGUCAUUCACUACAUCCUUCAUCCUGUGAUCACAGAUGUGCUUGCAGGAGGGGAAACAGUGACAUACUCCUUAGCUCCUCCUCCUGUGUCCAAUGCAAUGUCAACCUUAGCUCAAGAUUGUGUAAUCGAGUGCGCAGCACAAGCCAUAUGUGCAGCUCCUACAGAGGUUGAUAGGCAGCGCAAGCGACAACAGGGUUGGGAUAUCGUCGCCGCAGAGUGUAAGAAGAGCUGUGUAGAGGAGGAGGAGGACAGUAGUGAUCGUAAUCAUCAACAAACCAAACUUGCUGUGGCUAUGUUCAGAGGGGAUAGCGGUUCAGAGAAAGUAAGAAAGCACGAUGUGAAAGCAGAGGAUUUAAUCCUGCAGUGGACGCUCCAGAACUCGUCUCAUUCCGCUGGCCAGGAAGAGAAUCCUACCCCCAGCAAAGCCAUGGAGAGAAAAUUUGAGAGGUCAUUUGUUUAUGAUGGUGACAACAGAGAAAACCCUGUUAUCAUGUCGCAACAUUUUCGCACAUUUGAUGGCAGAAGGCAGGGUGAGGGAGAGGAGACAUUUGAUGGACAAGUGGACACGGAAAGUUUCGACAUCUUCGACGAGAAACUUGUUGGCGAUGCGUACAUCGAUGAGGACUUCUGCAAGAUUCCGGAGUCAAAGGACAGCAGUGAAGCAGGUCAUGUCGUGCUGAGGUUGGCAAGACACUACAGUGAGCCGCAUCCCGCUUUACGUAUCAUUGAUGGAUCGACGUUCCCCGAUGGAAAGCUAAUGCAGCUAACAAUCUCAUCACUCAUGAGAACAUGUCAGACGGGGAAGGACUUUUCCUGUGGUGGGAUGUCAUGGUUUGUGCUGGUAAAUAAAGAGGUUGUUAUGUGUACAUACGAAGGAUGGGGCUAUAACCUGGGUUGUGUAGUUGCUGGAGCAGUUGCUCGCGCUGAUGGUCAUGAUGCCCACCCUGGGUUGAGUGGAGAGAGAGUCCGAUAUCGCUGUAAAGUCGUUGGUCAUCGAAGGACCGUGGGUAGUGUAGAAAUGGCAACGAGGGCAAAAUACGAUGACAUCUGCAGAAAGAGAGGUGAGCAAAGAAGCAACUCAGCUCGGUUCAAUGAAGAAGUCGACGUGCAUCGGGCAAGAGGAGCGAGACACAUGAGCAAAGUAAAGGUAGAUCGUGCCAUAGAAGAUGUGAAAAGCACAAGAGCUGAUCUUCGAGAACGGUUCAGGGAGGAGUUCAAGGAGAAAGGCAAAGGUGGGAUCGACGGGAUGUCUUCAACGCCGAGAUGGAAUAUGGAACAAAGGAGGSAGGAGGGAACAACGAUGCCCGCCGCACCACGGAAGGCAAAUAAAUUGCGUCUGGAGGAGGAGAAGGAGAAUAUCAUCAUUGGCAACCAACACAGAGUUCAAUCCGCGCAACGCAGGGAGAGAACAACCCUUGGGGGGGGAGGUGGAAGACGUGUGGAAAACAAAUGCACAAGAGCAGGAGACAAAGGUUCACCGAGGAACAGAGAGGCUAAACAUAACACCAACAGUUUCAGAGAAAGAGAACUGAAAACACACCCCUAUCAGUCACGUAGACAAGAACACGAAGAUUAUCCUGCGUUGCAGGAGGUGGAGGAAAGUACGGAUAGAGAAGACGAGCAUUCGGAACACACACAUUCACAAACAGAAUCACAAACAAGUCCGACUCAGAGUCGACAGAAUGACUAUGAGGAAGACAAUUCUGAUGAAGGAGGAAAGGAAGUCACAGGGGAAGAUAUGGAUGACGCAGAUGAGCAAGAUUGUGAUAACUCCAACGAAACGACGAAGCUGCGCGAAGAGAAAACAGAGGGAUUGCCUAUGCCACACGAUUCACGAUGCAUAGGUGUUGUAGAGGAGGUGACUAGGCGGGUGGCCAGAGCGACCAGGGAGCGAAGACUGAUUACCAUUGAGGAGGAUGACCACAACAACAGUCUCGAGGAGGACUUUGAACCCGAUGAGGAGGACGGCGACGAUGAGAGUGACGACGACGAUGAGAGUGACGACGACGAUGAGAGUGACGACGACGAGCCCCCCCCUCCACCCAGACGUCAACGACGAGCAACUAGGCAGGGGACAAGAGUCUCUACUGCCUGGGGGAAUGUGGCCCGAGGGCGCAAGGGUUCUGGGAGAGGGUCUUGAAGGCGAAGGGACUAUAACGACUUUCUUUGACGAACUUCGCUUUCCCCGGUUUCUCGUGCCCUAUCAUGCG